GUGUCCUUAAGGACACCUAGUAAGUGCCAUGCAUGGCCGUUAAAAUAAAAUUUAAAAUUUCAAAUCCUCUAAAUGUUAUUUCUGAAUAAAGUUUAUAUAUAUAUUUUCUUUAAACCAUAAAAAUUUUAAUGUGUGACACUUUUCUACAUAAUGAAAAGGACUUUUUUGUGUUUCUCAGUGAAAUUUUCGACUUUUUAAUAUAACCUCAAGUUAAUGUCUUGAUAAAGGGAAUAAACAUUCUCGAAAGCUCGACCAUAUAACAAAGAGUAUUCUUUAAACAACAGCCCAGCAAUUUUUGACUGCAUCCCCAACAUUAUUCCGUAUUUCUCCUUAACUAGUCAGUCAAGACUACCCAUCGCUUUAUAAAUUCUAGACAUGGGGUUCUUCAUAAACAUCCGACAGCAGUUUGGUCUACAAACAGUAACACACAUGAAAACAUGGGCAAAAACGAACACCAAGUUGGCAUCGAUGAAAAACAGAAAGCUGUUCUUGCUGAAAUGUAGAAAGUACCACAUAUUUCCAAAUCACGUAACGAAUGGCAUUGGAAACGUGACAACAUUAUUACACCAUCGAGGAGGAACAACUGGACGAUCCGUGCAGAGUUUCAAUCACAGGUUGAGGAAAAAUAUUUUAAACUUAGAAAUUAAAAUCACCUUCAGUGAGCUCAUAAAUUUAGAAAGAGUUUUAAAUGACCUUAAGCGAAUAUUAUCUGCCACGUUGCCGGUUUCCACUUUUGAAGAAUAUGAACGAAGGCUUACCAUAAAAUAUAAUACACUUUUCCAUAAAAUAAAACAUAAAAACAUAAUUAAAUUUAACAAUCUCCAGAACAAUGAAUUUCUCUCUAUUAAAAUACAAGAAAAAUGGAUAAAGAACCUUACAAACGUUGAAAUACCUUCGGACAUUAAACGUUUUCUGGCUCUGGGUCCAAAAUUUGGAAUUUGUCCUUUAACCAAAGAAAUUAAACUUUCUAACCUGCUUGCAGAUUUAGAAAAUAUACUUUUCAAUAUUGAUAAAAACUUUCAAGAUAUCUAUCGUGCUCAAUGCACAAAUAUUAUUACAAAUUUCCUCCAUAAAAAUUCAGAUAAUUACCAUUUUUUAAGAAAAACUUUUGAUCAAUGUAAAUCUUUUUUAAAACAACAUCCUGAGAUCUAUGUAGUAAGAAGUGAUAAAGGCAAUGUGACGGUCAUAAUGUUCAAAGAGGACUACUCUACUAAAAGUUUUGAAUUACUUAGUGAUAUUAAAUAUUAUAAAAAGUUAAAUCAUAAUCCAGUCAGCACUUUACAGCAAAAAGCUAACAAAAUAGUUUCUAGGAUUAAGAAGGAUAAAUUGGUGGAUGAAAACACAGCCAAAAAGCUGACUAUCUAUAAUGCAGUAAUUNUGUUCAGACCAUAG